AUGCGGCGCUUUACACUUAUAACGAGAUAUUUUCCUCUUUUUCAUCCAUCUGCAGGAUGUUUCCAAUCAACGGAGAAAAAGGAGCAGGGAAACGAGCGGCAUCGCAAGUGGUCGUGUGAUUCUCCACUUGACGAAACUUGUGCUGAAGAACUGGAGAAGGAUGCAUCACAGCGUGGUUUCAUGCGGCGUGAUUCGGCUAACUCAAAAGUGUAUAUGGAAGAAACCCUACCGAAACCAGAGCGCAUUAGUGGAGGUGUCGCUGUAAUGAAUUUACCUCCUAUGGAAAAGGAACGGACAGAAUUCGACGUGUAUCAGCGGUCAACGCGUGAUUACACAUCACAAGUUACGCCGUAUGGCACGGUGGGUGUUGGUCUUGGCGCUGGUUUUGGUGCUCGUGAAGAUAAACGACUUGGUUUCCUCCGACCCCGUAAACUACAACCUUUCGGUGGGGAAAGUAGCAUCGUGCCGAAGUAUGAUGAGAAUGGCAUGCCCAUUGACGAGUCGCUCACGCGAGAACAGCUGAUUAAGAAGCGGCUUGCUUACAUGAAGAGUUUUGAGGGCACGACGAUGAGUCAUCGGGAGCAUUUUUUGUUAGUCGACUUAGAUUUUGAGAAGGAUGCGAUGAUAUUUGGUACGACGCGGGAGGAGUUUGAGAGGAACGUAACGAGGUUAAAACAAGUAAUUAGCGAAUACAGUAGGUGGGAGCGUACGGACAACUUUUACCUUUACAGCACUAUCGUACUUAAGAUACUUACGGCUUGGGUGCUUUUGGAAUGCAUACAACAAUACUACGAACUCCAGUUGUUUUCCAUCCACUAUGAUGAUUUUGUCGAGGCGACGGAGGAGACACUUAACUCCCUAGCGUACGAUCUUGAACGGGAUAUGAAGCGCGCACGGGAGGAGCUGAUAGCCAAUCCACCCGAUUUUCGACCCGUGGUGGAGGCCAUCCGCCGGGAAAAGCGACGACUGCUUGAUGAAGAUGCGAAACGCGUAACGAAGGAAACACCAGUCGUCGACAGUAGUGGAAGUGAAGAAGCAAAGGAGAGGAAUGCUACUGAUGGAGUCUCCCUUGCAUCACAGUUGGAUGAUAUUAUACCCGCAUGUAUUGGGGGUGAUGGCUGUCCCAAACAACCUCUUGAGGGAACAGUGGUGCCGUUGGAAACCUCUGCAUUAAACCGAGACUUCAGGGAUGAUGACGCUCUUCGGCCGCACCCAAUGGAUACGACACAAGAAAAACUGUAUUUGGAUUCUCUCCGGAGACGUGAAGCACAGAAGGAAAUGCGACGCCUCCAGGAUCAAGCAGUUGAUGCGGGCCCUUCGGUAGGUGUGUUCGGUUCCUUCUGGCAGUGGGUUCGUGGGGGCGGUAACGUCAUAAUAACGCCUCUGCUGCAGGAAGAUUUUACUCGUCUCUCCUACGCUGCCAGUCCGACAAGUAUUGAAACACUGCGUUCGAUUCGCCGUAUCCUUCUCCCACGGAGCGAAGAUCACAUUCAGGUUGUACGGGAGGAAAUGCUGGAGUACAAACGAGAGAAGGAGUUGAGAUGCAUCCAUCACUCCUCGGAUCAGGAAUGA